AUGGAUUUGGCUGUCAAUUAUUUGGACAACUUAACCAGGGUUCCAAGAUUUGACACACUCAUCAUGUUUCUUCCAUCCUCAGACAACGCUGAGUAUACCUAUAUCAAUGUGGUACAUCAGUCUCAGCGACUGAUAUGGGAUGAAGUGUUGGACAAUGAGGCAACUCCGAUUGAGUAUGCCGAGAAGCUUGAUAACCUGCAUACAAAGUAUUGCCCCAAGCGAUGA